AUGCGCGCUGCCGCAACACUGCUCUGCUUCCGGUCCUUCUGCAGGGGCGGCUGCCAGGCGAGCGUGGUGUGUGCGUGCAACAGUGCGCGCGGCUGGGUGGAGGCCCGAGUGGGGACCCGCGAUCGUGAGUCCCGGAGAGGUCCUGCAGCCGGAGGGCCGAGCUGGGCCGUGGUGGCCGCGGCGAAGGCUCUCACUCGGCGGCGGUGGCGCCUCCUUGGUCUAGGACGGUCGCGCAGGAUCCUCGGACGCUCUGAGACCCGCCCAUCCGCAUCACUAUCGGCUGAGGCCCCAGGGGCGGCCGCCCCCUCGGUGAGGAGACUGAGGAGCAGAGGCCGCACCGAAGAGCUCAGUCCCAAACCCGGACUCCUCACCCGAGCCGAGGAGCAGAGAACGAGCAGCUCCCGAAGAGUGGGGUUUGAAGUGCCAGUGUCUCAGUAUCUGAGAGCAAAUUGUACCUCCCAGGUCUGCCUUCAUUCAGAGUCAUCCACACUUUGCCAAGAACGAGUGAAAAUGGAUAAGGCCCCGGGGUCAGUGUCAUUCAAGGAUGUGGCCGUGGACUUCACCCAGGAGGAGUGGCAGCGACUGGACACUUCUCAAAAGACAAUAUACAAGGACGUAAUGCUGGAGAACUACAGUCAUCUCAUUUCACUGGGGCAUCCCAUUAUCAAACCGGAUGUUAUCACCAAGUUGGAGCAAGGAGAAGAGCCAUGGAUAGUAGAAGGAGAAUUCCUACUUCAGAGUUAUCCAGAAGAAGCCCAGAAAGUUGAUGACCCGAUUGAGCAAGUCAAGAAAAAUGAAGAUGAACUCUCAGGACUAACGGUCGACACCAACAAGACCCUGAUGGAAGACAGAGGCGGUGUCCUUGGGAAACCUUUUAUUGAAGAAACAAGACCUGAUCCUUCAAGGAAAAUCUCCUAUAAAUGUGACUCAUGUGAGAAGAGCCUAGCAUCUAUAUCUGGCUAUAUUAGUAGUGAUGGAAGCUAUGCAAGAAUGAACCCUGAUGAAUGUAGUGGAUGUGGGAAAUCACUUCUUAACAUUAAACUUGAGAAAACUCAUCCAGGAGAUCAAGAUUAUGCAUUUAAUCAAAAUGGGGAAGCAAGUACUCUAAAUGAUGAAAGUAUUUAUCAGAAAAUUCAAAUUUUGGAGAAACCCUUUGAAUAUAUUGAAUGUCAGAAAGCCUUCCAAAGGGAGACUGUCUUUGUUAAUCAUAUGGAGGAGAAAUCCUGUAAGUGGAAUGAAUCUGAAAUAACCUUCCUGCAAAUGUCAAACCUUGGUGUCCAUCAGAGAUCUCAUAUGGAAAUGAAGCCCUAUGAAUGCAGCCAGUGUGGGAAAUCCUUCUGUAAAAAGUCAAAAUUUAUUAUACAUCAAAGGACUCACACUGGAGAGAAACCUUUUGUGUGUAAUCAGUGUGGAAAAUCUUUCUGUCAAAAGGGAACUCUCACUGUACAUCUUAGAACACAUACAGGGGAGAAGCCCUAUGAAUGUAGUGUAUGUGGGAAAACCUUCUACCAGAAAUUACACCUUAUUCAACAUGAGAGAACUCAUUCAGGAGAGAAGCCCUAUGAAUGCAGCUAUUGUGGAAAAUCUUUUUGCCAGAAGACCCAUCUCACACAGCACCAGAGAACACAUUCAGGAGAGAGACCCUACGUUUGUCAUUACUGUGCAAAAACCUUCUCCCAGAAGUCAGCACUUAAUGACCAUCAUAAAAUUCAUACAGGUGUGAAACUAUAUAAGUGUAAUGAAUGUGGGAAGUGCUUCUGUCGUAAGUCUACUCUUACUACACAUCAGAGAACACACACAGGAGAGAAACCAUAUGAAUGUAAUGAGUGUGGAAAGUUUUUCUCUCGGUUAUCAUAUCUCACCGUCCAUUAUAGAACUCAUUCAGGAGAGAAGCCCUAUGAAUGUAAUGAGUGUGGGAAAACCUUCUAUCUGAAUUCAGCCCUCAUGAGACAUCAGAGAGUACACACAGGAGAGAAACCCUAUGAAUGUAAUGAAUGUGGAAAAUUAUUCUCCCAAUUGUCAUACCUCAAUGUACAUCAUAGAACUCAUUCGGGAGUGAAACCCUAUGAAUGUAAUGAAUGUGGGAAAUCCUUCUAUCAGAAUUCAGCCCUCUGCAGACACCAGAGAAUACACAAAGGAGAGAAGCCCUAUGAGUGUUACAUAUGUGGAAAAUUUUUCUCUCAGAUGUCAUACCUCACUAUACAUCAUCGAAUUCAUUCAGGAGAGAAACCUUAUGAAUGUAGUGAAUGUGGGAAAACUUUCUGCCAGAAUUCAGCCCUUAACAGACACCAGAGAACACACACAGGAGAGAAAUCUUACGAAUGUUAUGAAUGUGGAAAAUUUUUCUCUCAGAUGUCCUAUCUAACUAUACAUCAUCGAAUUCAUUCAGGAGAGAAACCCUUUGAAUGUAAUGAGUGUGGGAAAGCCUUCUCUCGGAUGUCAUACCUCACUGUACACUACAGAACUCAUUCAGGAGAGAAACCCUAUGAAUGUAAUGAGUGUGGGAAAAAAUUCUAUCACAAGUCAGCCUUCAACAGCCAUCAAAGAAUUCAUAGGAAAGGGAACCUAAAUGUAAUUGAUGUGGAAAGGCUUCUCUGAAGUCAGACCUCAUUUUAUGCCACAGAACCCUCUCAACAUAUGAAUACGCAAAUCCUGCCAAGUCCUAUACAUCAGAGCCCACACAGGUGACUACAGAAAAGCCUCUGUGCGUCAGUCACACUUCUAAUCUGAACAUUCACAAGGUUGUUGAUCCCUUCAUCAAGAUCUGUAACUCACUGGAUACCAGACUAUACUGAAGUCAAAUUGUGUAAAUAUUUAUAAUGUGUAUACAUUUUCACUAUGAACUGAAAAUGUUUUAACAUAUCAGGGAAUUCAUACCAAGGAAAAUCUGUCAAGGAAUGUUGAAAGCAUAAUUCAUAUUUGGGAAUUGUUAAUACUAAAAAAAUGUUUCUGAUAUAAUAUA